CUACAAAGAAAUAUCACCAUGUCAUCUCGUACAGCAGCACCGACGAUCCCGUCGUUGAAACAGUCUUUCAUCACCAGCCAAACAACACUUCUUUCUCAGCCUCUCGCUCCAUCCCGCUCAUGGCAAGAAACCAACGACGCGUCAGAUGAGGCUAUCCCCGAGCGCGUUGUUCAAGAAGUCCUAUAUAAUCUCAACCACACUAUCCAGCAACAUUGUCGUCGCGUGUACCCUCCGCAGGCUAGUCGCAAUAUUGCUGAGCAGAUCAAUGAUGUGUAUACUAAGGAUGCUGAGCGGAAGGUGGGGGGUCCAACUGAUACUGAGGGCGGCAUUGGCAGAGAGCUAGACUUGACCCAAAAUGAAGCUAUAGAAGCGCUGCCCGCUUCCUGGCACUUGGAAAAAGACAUCAACGACCAUCCCAUGGAGACUAAGCGGUAUGCAGACGCUGUUCAACAACUCACUGAACUCAACGACCAGCGCAAGCAACUUCGAGAGCAAGUCGCACGCUUGAAGCGUCUUCAAUCUAUCGUUGAGCCACUUCAGACAGAUGAAAAUGGUGCCGGUAUUCAAGAGAAUCUACUCACUCGAAACGGACCCGUUGAGAAGGAGCUCGAGAGAAUGAGAAUCUUAUUGGCGAGAGUUGGUGGCCGUGUGCUUUCGCUGCCUGAGGAAGCUCCGAAUGGUGAGGCGAAGGAAGUCAGCUUGACUGAGAUGGGUGCACAAGGACGCAAGAGACGUGUUGAUCAGUUUCUUGCUGAUGAUAAAGUGUUUCCGUCAUGAACGUGCAUUGAGAACUGGUCACGCCAAAUCUCUCAGUCCGAUGACAGGCCAUAACCAAAGUUUCUCAUAAUGUGCGGCCAUGGUAAAUGCGUCUGUAUCCCGCAACAUAGGUCACUUGUCCACUAUCUCGCACAUCGCGUUGUCGGGUUCGGUGGAUCAUCGCCGUCUGAAGUGAUGCCAGGUGCUUCACAGGGAGGUGCGCCCAUUACACGCGGAAGAGCGAGGUCAAGCAGAGUCUAACCAACAUGAGAGAAGCGAGCUUUAAC